AGGGAUUAUCUUUUUGAAGAAUUAGUGAGUGUUGGAGGAUGAUGCGUGGAGUGUGGAGCCUCGGGGGGCUGGUGACGCGGGCGGUGCGAUUUGCGUGGCGCGAAUCUGCUACGGAAGCCAGCGACGACACCGUCGAAGGACUGAGGCUCGUACACGCCGUCGCAGGCUUCCCCAAGGACCAAGUCGACGCUUGUCGCGAUGGACGAUGUGGCGACGAUGCCUACUUCUUCGCCUCCAACGCUCACGCUGACAUCAUGGGUGUGGCAGAUGGUGUUGGUGGGUGGAGGCAACAAGGGGUAAACCCGGCUGCAUUCUCCACUGCCCUGUUGCGGAUAGCGAAGCGACUUGCUGAAGCUGGCCGAGCACCACCGACGUCCCCGAAAACAUUGCUUCAACUGGCUUUUAUGGAUGUUCGAGAGACCAAGGGUGAUGCGUUCGGCAGUAGCACAGCAUGUUUAGUGAGCUUGGAUCGCCAGUCCGCUAUAUUGCACACCGCGAACCUGGGCGACUCUGGGGUGAUGGUGGUGAGGAAUGGGCGCCUGGUAUUGCGGUCUCAGGAGCAGCAACACCAAUUCAAUACUCCGUUCCAGCUUUGUCAUCCUCCUCCUGGGUUCUAUCUCAUGAUCAGCGACAGUCCGGAGAACGCGGAAGGCGUGUCAAUGGCAGUGAUACCCGGAGAUGUGAUCCUGGUGGGAACCGAUGGGGUGUUCGACAACUUACCAGACUCGUGGCUCGUACCCAGGCUUUCUGCCCUGCAUGCUUCCUACGCCGAUGCAACUGCUGUGCAGGAAACGGCCGAUUUGAUUGCUCGUCGUGCACACGAAUUGUCUCGAGAUGCCAAUUACGCAUCACCCUUUGCAGUAAAUGCCCGUGCUGCUGGCUUCAUUAAUGAGGUCGGAGGGAAGAUAGACGACAUUACCGUGCUUUUGGCGACUGUUGCUGCAGGAUCCCCGAAGGAGAACCUGUAACUUGAUCGGUUCUUCCAUGGUUCGUCGAGAAAAUUUUGUCUCUUGACAUUUUUUUUGGGAAAACCAAAGCAGAUCUAGGAAGGCCUGGGCAUUUCUUGUGUGCGAAAUUCAGGACACUAUUAGUCACAUUGAGUAGACACAGUCGGACACAUGGAAGUUAGCACGUGAGAUGGAGAUGAUUUGGUUUUGCAAACCAUGUCCAGGUGGCGCUUCUGAUGCUCAGCUGCUGUGAGGCAAGCAUUCAACACUCUUGCUCUCUUGGUUUGACUUGUGUUUGUUGAAGAAGUGCAAUAUGAACUUUUCUAUUCUCUUCGCAUCGACGCAGUUUUUUUUUCGUGUAGAUUUGCCAAGGUACAUCUGAGGCAAACUGAGUGAGGCCACAUUUUGGUCGGAAGAGAAUCUCGUAAAAAACGCGUCAAAUUCCAACUUUACAAGUUCUGUUUUGCCGAAAUAUUUCAGUUGCGUCGCAUCUGAAGUAUUUGAAAGCGUGCACUCAGAAAAUACUCUUGUUUGGGUCUGAGCCUAAUUCUCCUGAAAUGUGGAGGACUUUACGCGGCUGCAUUUGUUGGCCCGUGUGUUGUGGUUGUUCCGGUGAUACGUAAAUUAUUUCUGAACAUUUUGACGUUCAUCUGGAGUAGGCUGGUGAUAAGCAAUUUUACCAUGUAGGUGACCUCACUCAGUGAACAACUGCUUCUCUUUCUUGAGGCUCAUUGAAAAGUGCAAUCUGUUGGUUAGUACGACUUUUUUGCGAGGAAUCAGGUCCAGGAUCUUUUGCAAUUGAUUUUUUGAACAAAGCCUGUGGUGCUGCCAUGCGGCGUGUAUAGAAAGUGUCUUGUGCUGGAAAUUGUGGGUAUUUUUGCCGGGAGUUGUGAAGAAUUAAAGGAAGAUUUCUCAGCCAUGGCGGUGACA